AUCUGCUUUAACAGCAAUCUUUUUUGUAUAGCCAAUGAAUGUACACCACGUGUUAUAUUUCACAAUUUACAUCGUAAUCGCCGAAUUAAAAAUCCCCAUUUAAAAUAACCCUCGGCUCAGUCUAUCUCCAACGAACCAAGAUAUCGCCGGCGAAAUUGAGCAAUGGCCGGAGAUUUUGCAGCGAAAAUCAAAGCCUACGCACUGCCUCUGAUUCUCUUCUCUCUCGCCAUGUUAUAUCAGCUCAUUCUUCUCCCUCACUCCUUUCCCCCUUCUCAUUACGAUGUUUUGGGAAUUAAGACAUAUAGUUCAAUAGAAGCAGUGAAAGAGGCGUACGAGAAUCUUGAAUCUAAGUGGAGUUCAGGACUGGAAGCUCCUACUACUACUGAGUUUAUCAAGAUUCGAUAUGCAUAUGAGCUUCUGACAAACCCCAUAUGGAAAAGGAAUUUUGAUGUAUUUGGAAUUGAUGAGCAACUUCAUCUUAUUGAAAAAGUUGGUCAGCAAUAUGCAGGGGAAAAGUUCUCUAACAUAGAGCUGCCACUACUGCAUGCUGAUGCUUCUGAUACUGGAGAUGAUGCUUUUAAUGUGAUUACUUCAAAGGAUUUUCAGUCUAUGUUUCAAGAUUCCAAACCAUGGUUACUUCAGGUGUAUUCAUCUGGCAGCAAUCACUGCGCUCAAUUUGCCAAUUCUUGGAAAAGAAUUGCUGCUUUAUUGAAUGGGGUUGCAAGCAUUGGUAUGGUAGAACUUGGUAAGGUCCAAAUCACAGCCUACCUUGCUGAGAGAAAGCCAACGGGCCAGUUUUUCUUCAAGAAUGGCCUUCCUUCACUGGUUGCUUUCCCAUCCGGGUGUAAAACUUCAGACUGUCUUAUCAGGUUUGAGGGAGAGCUCUCUGUUGAUGCAGUUACAGAUUGGUUUGCAAUGGCUGUACUUAGUUUGCCUCGCAUCUUUUACUAUUCAAAGGAGUCAUUGGGACCAAGGUUUCUGGCAAAAAGCAGUCCCCAUAAGGUAAAAGUGAUUUUCUUCUCAAAAACAGGGGAGCGUGCAACUCCUGUAAUGCGACAAGCUGCAAAAAAUUAUUGGAAUUAUGCCACUUUUGCCUGUGUCCUGUGGCGCAAAGAGGAAUUUUCCAUUUGGUGGACCACGUUUGGAGUGGAGUCUGCACCUGCUUUGGUGUUCUUGAAAGAUCCGGGUGUAAAACCUCUAGUGUAUCAUGGAUCAGUGAAUGAUUCAUGGUUUUUAGAUGUCUUGGAACAGAACAAACAGCAAGAGCUUCCUCAAUUAAGGAGUUGGACAUCAGAGGAACUAGGUUGUGAUGCUCGUGGCUAUUCUCGUGCUGGGCGUGAUAUCUUGACCUGGUAUUGUGCCAUCCUAGCUGGAAGGCUGGGUCCGGAACUUGAUAGUAUGCGAGAAACCAUGCGCAGGGUCCAAGAAAUAUUAUCAAAGACUAGUGAGUUGAAUGUAGAAAGUGAAGAUGAGCACUCAAUAACAGCAGUUGUUGCUUUUAAAAACAAGCGAUUGACAUUAGGCUGGCUUGAUGGGGAAGUCCAAAAGAACUACUGUUUUUUCUACCUUAAUACGGAAAAUAGUUAUGAAACAUGUGGACCGAGGAGAGUUCCAACUGAUGUCCCCCGGUUAUUCAUUGUCCGCUAUGAAAGGAACGCUACUGCAGAUACUGUUAAGGUUGAGAAGAAGGGAAAAAGUAUAUGGGAAUUCCACCAACAAGAAGUUGAUCCUGCUGCACAACUUUCAGUGACUUACAAUGGUUCAGCUGAAAUUUCUCAGAUUAGCCAAUGGAUAUCAAAUAUAAUCAAGGAUGGUGACUCCAGGAAUCUCCCCUUCUAUAGGGUAAAAACACCAGAACUAGUUCCUGAGGAUGCAGAGCCUUUAUGGUCAAGAGGUCAACAAGGCAUACUUUCCAAAAGCAUGGGAGCAAAGCAAAAAGUCCAGGGCAUUAUAAUUCGAAUAUAUGAUUAUCUAGGGGAUCCAAGGAUUGGUCCUGCUUUGCUUUUGGGAUCGUUGAUGUCCUAUGGUAGCAUCUGGUUGAUUAGGAGUCAACAGAAUCAUCCAGCUCAGUCAAGUCAACCAAGCCAAGCAGAUAAUGAUGAUAAACCUAGACCGAGAGAGAGACACAGGGAAAGAAAGGUGUCAAACAAUGAUCUACCUCCUUCAAUAACCGAUUUGGAACCAAGAGAUGCUUACCAGAUGACGCUGUCAGACUCAGACUAAGUAGCUUCUCACAAUGCAGGCCGAAAACUUAAAAUGGCGUCAACUUCUGGCAGGUGAUGUACAUGACAGGGAUUUAUGUUAGCUUUAAACUAACUGGCCAUCGAUGAGAGGCUGUCAAGCAGACAGUUAGACACGUCUUGAGGCAAGCAAUGUAGUUUUAUAAUUCAGAAACUGUAAGCAUCUAACGCUUUUCAAUCUCCAUGAAACAAUCAUUUGUGGAUAGAAGAUAAUAAACAGAUGAAAUUAGCACAUAAUGGAAAUUAUAACAUCUCAAAUUACAGAUAUGGGUUUGCAGCAUAUUUGUUGAGUCGUCAGGAUCAGUGUUAGUAUAAACUUUCUUCUCCUAUGAAGUUGGCCAGUAUAGAAAAAUAAAAGUACCAUUUUGUUGUCA